GUGAAAACAUGGCGGCGCCAAUGAUAUGGAAAAGACUUGUGUUCUCCGUUUACACUCCAGUGCUCUCCAGGGUUUUAACGAGGAUUUCAGACAGAUUCUUCAGGACACAUGAUCGGAGAAGAGGGUCCGCUGUGCUGCUCUUGGCCCCUCUCCUGGCAGAGGCUGACCCAGCACCCCUGGCCUCCUCCAGGCCUCCGGGCUUCACUGGAGCUGAGGGCCUCCACUCUAGGUUCCACUGGAUGGCUGAUUAUGCACCCGCUUUCAGGGUCCCGGGGGGCCGCAUCCACAUCCUUAAUUCACCUGAUGAGUUUUAUCAGACUAUGAAGGCUCGAAUCAAGACGGCCAAAAGCCGCGUGGUGAUGGCAUCACUGUACCUUGGCACAGGACCUCUAGAGCAAGAUCUUGUUGAUUGCAUGGAAGUGGCCUUAGAGCACUCACAGGAAGAUGAUGCACCUGAUCUCAAAGUGUCUUUUCUGCUGGAUUAUACCAGAGGAUCAAGAGGCAAGCACAAUUCGCGUACAAUGUUAUUGCCGUUGCUCCAGCGUUUCCCAGAGCAGAUGAGAGUGUCCCUGUACCACACUCCAGACCUGCGCGGUCUGUUGCGCCUUCUGGUGCCUGAACGCUUCAACGAAACCAUAGGGGUACAGCACAUCAAGGCGUACCUUUUUGACGACAGUCUAAUCAUAAGUGGGGCAAAUCUGAGCGACUCCUAUUUCACCAAUCGUCAGGAUCGUUAUGUACUUCUGGAGGACUGCCGGGAGGUGGCUGAUUUCUUUGCCAAACUGGUGGGAGCCGUGGGUGAUGUGUCAUUGCAGCUCCACUCUGACAACAGUGUGCACAUGAUGGAGGGGAUGGUGCAUCCCUACAAAGGUAAUAGAGCAGAUUUCUCAGCAUCAGCACAGAGACGGAUCAUGGACGUGGUGAACACUGCACAUGUCCGGCAGAGCAUGCUAGAAGUAGAAUGCUCGGAGGUCCUAGACUCAGAUGGUAUGGUGCCAAAUGACACUUGGAUCUUUCCUCUUGUGCAAAUGAAGCCCCUGGGCAUUUCCCUGGAUGAGCAAGUAACAAAGCGACUACUGACAGAGGCAGGUGGAGACUCAACUGUCUACCUGACGUCUGGUUACUUCAACUUAACGCACACCUACAUGCAGCUGGUGCUGGGUGCUGCAGCAGACUACCGUAUUCUCAUGGCCUCACCAGAGGUUAAUGGGUUUUUUGGGGCCAAAGGAGUAGCAGGGGCAAUCCCUGAGGCCUACGUUCAUCUUGCCCGACAGUUCUACAACCAGGUGUGCCAGCUGGGUCGGCAGAGUCAUGUCCACUUGCAUGAAUACCACCGUCCUGAUUGGACCUUCCAUGCUAAAGGGUUGUGGUACUAUGUGGGAAGAAGGGAUCGCCCCUGCCUCACUCUUAUUGGCUCUCCGAAUUUUGGGUAUCGCUCUGUGCACAGAGAUCUGGAGGCUCAGAUUGCCAUAAUAACAGAGAAUGUGGAACUCCAGAACCAGUUGCAACAGGAGCAGGAGAUGUUAUAUCAGGGCUCUACAGAAGUGUUGAGUUCAACAUUUAAUCAGCCUGACCGCUAUGUAAAGUUAUGGGUUAAACUGGUAACACCACUCAUCAAGAACUUCUUCUGAAAAACAGCAGGCCAGGGUUGACAGAUCUCUCACAAUCCAUGAAAGGUUGAAGACCCAGAUGAAGGUUGGCCUACACAUGUGCUUUGAACACAGGGCAUUCGUAAAUAUUUGUGGUUCCUUGGCGCUCUACGCAGAUGGCUUUGAUCCCUGUAUGACUGAUAACCCCCGACUGGGUGUCCCAGCGAGUUCCAGGGACAACAAUAUUGGAGACCUCUCAUUGUGCUCUGUGGUGUUGUUCAGUAACACCCAUUCAGCUUCUAACAACCUCUGCUCAUUGUUACAAGGAGAAAAAGCAUGUAAAACCAAUAUCAUACAUGAAAGACUGCAGUGUAAAUGAUAUACAGCCUGUUCAUGUGAUUGACAUUUAUUUGCAAGCAAUAUGACAGAUAAAAAAAAUGUGUAGCCAGCGGUUUAAUGUGCAGUGCAUCUUGGAGUGAUUAUAAUGCAUUUACUUAUUUUAGUUUAUUUUAUGCAUCUGCUGUAAACAUUUGUAUUGUCUUGACAUUGUAAUAGAAUUCCGAAUCUGUUCAACCUUUUUCAUUUCCAGUUCCUAUCCACAGACCUUAUUCACAGCAAUGCCAUCUUUGACUUUUGACGGGAAUGACAACGAGGCUGUGAGGGAUAGACGUACAGUUUCUUCAGGGGGCUGUACUACAGUUUAAAGUGUUUUUGGAUCAUUCCAUGGACAAAACAUUGAAAAAAUAUCUUUCCAAGAACAUUAAUUUGACAAAAAAAUGCAAAAAUCAAGAUGGGAUCAAGGAGCCUUGUACAGAUUUAUACCAUGCCAGCCAUUGAAGAGAUGUUAAAGGAAUAAUGAAAAUUCUCUCAUCUUUUACUCGCCCUCUUGCUAUCCCAGAUGUGUACCAAAAAUCUUGCCAAAAUGUUGUCGUUCCAAAAGCACAAAAAAGCAGCAUAAAAGUAAUCCAUAUCUUCAUAAGUGAUAUUAUAGUUGUGAGUUAGAAACAGAUCAAUAUUUUCAAGUCCUUUUUUGCUAGAAAUUCUUCUCCCUGCCCAGUAGGAGGCAAUAUGCAUGAAGACUGUGAAUCACCAAAACCACAAGAAGAAGAAUGAGAAAGUAAAUGUGGCGAUUUACCGAGCAGGGAGGAGAAUUUAUAGUAAAAAAGGAAUUAAAUAUUGAUCUCACCCACGCCUAGAGUAUAUGGUCAAAUGUUUGUGGACACCCCCUUCUAAUUAACAAAUUUGGUUUCUCCAUUAAAUCCAGUAAAGAAAAAUCUUAAUGUUUCUUUAUGUAAUGGCUUGGGCUUUGUGUGCUUCCACAUUUGUGGCAACUGUUUGUGGAUAGCCCUUUUCUGUUCCAGCAUGACAAUGCCCCUGUGAACAAAGUGAGGUCCAUAAAGAAAUGGUUUACUGUGUCUGGCGUGGAAGAAAUUGACUGGCCUGCACAAAGCCCAGACCUGAACCCCACUGAUCACUUUUGGGGAGAACUGGAACAGCAACUGUAAGCCAAGCCUUGUGUCUGAAUGAGAGCAAAUCCCUGCAGCCAUGUUACUACAUACAGUAUAGUGGAAAGCCUUCCCAAAAGAGUGGAAGCUGUUAUUACAGCAAAGGGGGAAAUUGAUGCCUGAGGUUUUGAAACCAAAUUUUCAUCAAGCACAUAUGGUGUCCACAAAAUUUUGGCCAUAUAGUGUAUCAUGUCACUUCUGAAGACAUUGAAUUAACCUCUGGAGUCUACUUUUAUGCUGAUUUCAAGAUUUUGGCACCCAUUCACUUGCAUUGUAUGGACCAAAACGUGAGAAAUUCCCCUAAAAAUCUUCAUUUGAGUUCAGCAGAUGAAGGAAAGUCAUACACAUCUGGGACGGCAUAAGGGUGAGUAAAUGAUGAGAGAAUUUUCAUUUUUGAGUGAACUAUCCCUUUAAGUCUAUCCCUCACAGCCUCAUUUUCAUUCGUGUUAAAAAUCAAAGAUGGCGCUACUGUGAAUAAGGUCUAUUGUAAUCUUAUUUUUAUCUUUACUACAUCCUUAAUAUUACAGGUAAGAAAGUUGAUCUCAGGGGUAUUUGAAGUUAUACAGUUUGAGUCACAUACAUUUCACCAAGCAUUUAGUUACCUCGGCCUUAAUUAAAAUAUCUGUAUUUUCCCAGACUAGAUUAUAAUUCUCUUUGUUUUCCCUAAACAUCCACUGUCUGAAAUGCAGAUUAUCAGGCAGACUUCCUGAAACACUCCCUUCUUUAUAAAUUUUUAUCACUUGCAUCCCCUGGUGGAUUGGUUACACAUGAGUACUAAAAAUAAGCAUAUGGAUUUCAAUAUUACUAUGAAAGAGAUUUAGGGGACAGCUUCAAAUACUGACCAGGCUUUAAUAUUUAUUGGAAAUGUUUGGAAAAAAUCUUAACAUGCCUGGAAUGGAAAUGAGCACUCAUAUUAAUUUGUAACAGUUUCCUGACUGUGUAUUACUUUCCCCUUUAAAGGGAACAGGCAGCAUCAUUUCAACAUCAAUGUCCAACUUGGUUUUGGACAGUACUUAUUUUUUUUUUCUGAGAAUUUUUUGAUUUUGGUGACAAUGUGCAAGAGCAUUUGUUUUGGUUCAUCCAAAAAAAAUAAAAAAAAUUGGUGACCUUUAUGAAAACAGAG